GCAACCACAAUGACCGAUCAAGACUCCAAACCCCGGGUGACAAUCGCCCUAGGGACAUCAUCUUCCUCAUCCAGUUUCAAAACCAAGAAACCCAGUCGACCAACCCACACCAGGCGUCACCACGCCGGCGCUUCUUCAAACCAUUACUCCUCCGAAUCCGAAGACGACGAUGACGAAACCGGUGGACAACGCACUGGACGAGUCCAAGCAAUCACCGAAAUAUCAACCUAUGGCGAUGACAACGAGUUGAAAUCACGAGAUCGCUCAGAUCGUAGAGACCGUAGCAGAGAUAGGGAUAGGAAUAGGGACGGGGACAGAAACCGUGAUCGCAGGAGAGACAGGUCCCAAGACAGAGACAGACACAACAGAUCCAGCAGGCCAUCAAGAGGCGAUGCUUCUCGCUCCCGUCGACGGUCAACAUCCCGUUCCCGCGACCGCGACCACAAGCCCAGAGACCCCAAAGACCUCCAAGAACCAGAAACCGCUCCCCCCAAAUGGGGUCUAACAAUCAACCCAAAAUCCACCACCACCACGACCACCACCACCACCACCACCACCACCUCCUCCUCCUCCAAACCCACCUCUUCCUCUCACUACCAACGUCAAUCCCGGUCCCCCUCCCCAGAGGAAAAACCCCCACAAACCCUUGAAGAGCAAGCCCUCUCCUCUCUCCUCUCUCUCGAUAACAAAGGCUCCUCCACCACAUCCAAGCGCAAACGGUCCCACUCCCCCUCUUCCCAUGACCGCGAUCGCUCUCCCGACCACUCAGACUACCGUGCCGUACCCAUCGACGACUUUGGCGCCACUUUACUCAAACAAUUUGGCUGGGACGGCAAGAUGCGCGGGAAGGUGAAGGAGGUGACGCACAAGCACGCGAACCUGGCCGGGUUGGGAGCCAAGGACGCCAAGGGGGCGGAGGAGCUGGAUGCGUGGAACCAGAAGAUUAGUGGACGGGGCGGAGGAGAUUCGAGGGGGAGGGACUCGAGGCCUGUCAGGCUGGAGGAUUAUAGGAGGGAGGAGAACAAUAAGAAACAGAGGAUGGAGUAUCGACACGGGGAGAGCAGCUACAAGCAGGAGAGGGAAAGGGAGAGGGAACAGAGGGGGGAUAGGUGAGAGGUCAUCAUGGCUCAGCGAGGUGCUCUCAUUACCACCAAACCUGAAUGCUGCAAGAAACAACCCACUGUGACUAUCUCGAGCGGGCCGGUUGCUCUUGACCCUGACCUUUCAUGUGGCCAAACAGCUCAGGCUUUAUCCUGACAGCAACCAUAUCAAACGGAACUCAUGGAAUCAUCAGGCGAGGUACGAUUGUGUAACGUGGUUUUGUUCCUAAUCCAAUAAUAAUAAGGCAAAACUACAACUUAACUCUAUAGAGUAGGUAAAUACUAUUCU